GCCGUGGCGAUGGCCAUUGAUGAUGAUGGUGUAGUCGCCGUUGUCACUCCCCGAAACCUCGAGUUGUACAAAUUGCACAAGCUCCCUGAAAGCUCUGUGACAUGCGAAUGGCUUUGCUCCAUUUUGCUUGGCCGUUCGGUCGGCUGGGCACAAGCAAUGUUCACCCUGUCAACUUCAUCCAAACGGUCAAGACUCUGUGUAUGCAUUGGUGGCGAGAAUGGCCUGUUCGCAUAUAUUGACACCAUGGAUCAUCUUUGCUCAGCUACGGAGGGGACUGUUCUGACUCCCGUGUGGGGCCGGGGCGUUGAUUGGAAGCGGUACAAAGAACAAGACUCCUUCGCAUACAGCCCUAUUUUCUCCACUCAUGGACGGUCGCUCGCUUGGCUCGUCGUAGCCGUCCACUCCACUCGACCAAUUGGAUUCGGUACCCUAGCAGAGGGCCUGCCGGCCGGGAGAUCUCAUACAUCGACCGAGUAUCGGCUUGACCAUCCCGACUUACCUGGGAUGUUUGCUGCCGGUGUGUACGACUAUGACGAGACUCUUGGCGUCACGGUGUUCGGCAACGCAUGUGGUGAGCUUGCAGUGUUCAACUUGAGCGCCUUGCGUAUUGCUCCGCUCGAGGAGUGUUUCGAGGCCCUUCCCAUACCUGACGGCGAUGGAAGGCACGGAUUCGAGGUCAUGUCUGAAGUGAGUAGCUGUUCUUCUUA